UGCUGUGGUAUAUUUUGUCAUUAUGAGAUGUCGUCUACCAGUGCUUCAUUUGUGCAAAUUAGAUUUGAUGACUUGCAGUUUUUUGAAAACUGCGGUGGAGGGAGUUUUGGCAGUGUCUAUCGAGCCCGAUGGAUUUCUCAGGACAAGGAGGUGGCUGUAAAAAAGCUGCUCAAAAUAGAAAAAGAGGCAGAAAUACUCAGUGUGCUCAGUCACAAAAACAUCAUUCAGUUCUAUGGAGCUGUCAUUGAACCUCCAAAUUAUGGCAUUGUUACAGAGUAUGCUUCUGCUGGAUCACUGUUUGAUUACAUUAAUAGUAACAAAAGUGAAGAAAUGGAUAUGGAUCAUAUCAUGACCUGGGCAACAGACAUAGCUAAAGGAAUGCACUAUUUACAUAUGGAAGCUCCAGUUAAAGUAAUCCACAGAGACCUGAAGUCCAGGAAUGUUGUUAUAGCUGCUGAUGGUGUUUUAAAGAUCUGUGAUUUUGGUGCCUCAAGGUUCCACUCUCAUACAACACACAUGUCAUUAGUGGGCACUUUCCCAUGGAUGGCCCCUGAAGUUAUCCAGAGUCUCCCAGUGUCUGAAACGUGUGACACAUACUCAUAUGGAGUGGUUCUCUGGGAGAUGCUAACAAGGGAGGUCCCCUUUAAAGGCUUGGAAGGAUUACAAGUAGCUUGGCUUGUAGUGGAAAAAAACGAGAGAUUAACCAUUCCAAGCAGUUGUCCCAGAAGUUUUGCGGAACUGAUGCACCAAUGUUGGGAAGCUGAUUCAAAGAAAAGGCCAUCUUUCAAGCAGAUCAUUUCAAUUCUGGAAUCUAUGUCAAAUGACAGCAAUCUUCCAGACCAAUGUAACUCAUUCCUGCAUAACAAGGCAGAGUGGAGAUGUGAAAUUGAGGCAACCUUAGAGAGACUAAAGAAACUGGAGCGUGAUCUGAGCUUUAAAGAGCAGGAACUAAAGGAACGGGAGCGACGUCUGAGGAUGUGGGAGCAGAAGUUAACCGAACAGUCCAAUACUCCUUUUCUCUUACCUCUUGCUGCAAGAAUGUCUGAGGCGUCUUACUUUGAAUCUAAAACAGAGGAGUCAAACAGUGCAGAGAUGUCAUGUCAGAUCACAGCAACAAGUAACGGGGAGGUAGCUGGCAUGAACCAAAGUCUGAAGGCCUUGAUGAUGACGGGCUUUGGGGAUAUCUUCUCUCUGAACAAAGCAGGAUCUGUCCUGCAUUCUGGAAUGCAGAUAAACAUGCAAGCCAAAAAGAAUUCUUCUAAAACCACCUCUAUGAGAAAAGGAAAGAAAAUCAACAUGGCUUUGGGUUUCAGUGAAUUCGACUGGUCAGAUGACGAUGAUGAUGAUGAUGAUUAUUUUGAUGACACAGACGAUAGCAGCGAAUGAAUCAGUUACAGAAUUAAGUCUGAAAUCGUUUUUUGCAAAGCAAAACAAUAAAGUUUUAGAACAAGAAUCCUGUCAGUUUGGUCUGUUUAAAUCAUGUAAAAGAAAAAAAGUGAGUUUUCCAGGCUGAGCAUGUUUGUGUGUAGAAAGACAUGUUGUUUCCAUUUAGAUUGUGUUGACUUAUUUCUACUUGGAUGAAAUUUGGAACUAAACUUUCAAAAUCAAUUGAGAUUAUUAUUAUUUUAAGAACUAUGAUUAUAGCUAUACUACUUGAUGCCUGAUUACAGAAACUAUGGCUUGAUGAAUUAAAGAUCUGAAAACAUUGGGGGAGACUUUAAUGCCUAUUGUACUUCAUUUUUUUUCUUUGUGUUUUUUUUUGUCAUUUUCCUUACUUCUUUUACAGACAAUCAUAUGAAUAUAAUUGUACUUCC